UUGAUUUAUUUUUUUGACUUUUAAGAACAGCCCAUAAUUUUGUUAUUUGUGGAAAAGAUUUUUUUAUUUAAAUUUUCUUAAAAGAUUCCAAAUUAAAUUCCAACAUCACAUUCGUUAGAGUUAAACAAUACAAUAGACUAAGCUUCAUCAUGCCGACAAUAUUUUUUAGUAAGAAAAGUGAGAAUUAUCUCAAAAAAGCCGCCGAGGAAUUAAAGGUUGCAUUUGGCAUAAUAAUAGGUCAAAAAACAUCCGAUGACAAAUAUAACAUCAUUCAUUUUGCUAAACUUUCGGAAGAUGAAGAAUCAAUUAGUAGCUCUGCCCCAGAAACAAUUCCAUCAAUUGAAAAUGUUGACGUGCAAUCAUUGGCUGACCAAUGGAUUAGUGCAUCCAAAAUGACUCCUGGAUCGUUUAGUGUAAUUGGUGUUUUUAUGUCCAACGGAGAAAACGACUCAAAUGAUGAAAAACAGACGAAAAAUAUUAAAAAGAUGUUAACUGAACUUUACAAGCUUACCACAAACAGCAAUUCCACAUUUGAAUAUGCCGAACAUACCAAGGAUUUAGAGAUUCUUUUUCUGUCAUAUGCAGCAUCCUCAUCAAAGGCCAACGUCAAGAUAUUUUCAAACUCAUCCAGUGGUGGAAAUUUAAUGCCAGCUGAUUGUAAAAUCGUUGAAAAACUGCCUCAAUGGUACCUUUUUGAAUCGAACUAUGAACUGGAAGAUGUUUUUCCCAUCACCGAUAACAGAGAACAAGUUAAUAUUGAAAAUCAAUUUAACGCAGUUCUUCAAGCUGUCAAAUCCAAUAUUCAAAACAGUAAGAUUUUUAUUCAACAACAAAAUGUUGAUGACAACAGUACUCUUGAAAAUUAUCUCAAAGAAAACAACAACAAAAAGAACGAAGUUCCAGUUUUCAAUGCCUCAAUAUUACUCACUGCAAAUGUUUCAAAUGAGUUUUUAAUUAAAAUACGACCAUUUAAUGGAACAGUAAGGUUUUCAGGUAUUGUAUCUUCUCGUAUUUGGAGCCAGGCAAAGAACACAUUCAAAGAAAUUAAGGAAAGUAUCAGGCGAGAUGUUCUUCGUUCACUGGCAGCUAGAAUUCAAAUAUACUGUGAUGGUUUGACUGAUAUCCAUUCAAAUACUGUUGGCAUUGUUGUCAACGAACCACCAAGAAGAAUCUAUUUUUGUAAUUCAGAAAGUCAAGGAAUUCAAUUCUCAGAAUAUAUCUUCCGUGGGGAAACACCUUCGGUAGCAGUAUCACAAGCCAAACAAAUUCUCGAUAUGGACAUUAACUCGGAUUGCAUUUUUGAUGAUCUCGAAGGUUUACCCGAUGAUGAAGUGACUUCUUUGAUAGAUGAACCGAUUAAGGCUGAAACAUCGAUAAAAACGAAUGGCGGCUUUGAGAUAAGUCGUACAAUGUAUAUGCUGGGAAUAACAGUUGCUCUGCUAGUCCUAUUGUUAUCAGUUUUGUUAAAUUAUCUUUUUCUGUAAAUAAUUUUGUAUUGUUGGAAAAGGACAUAUUAUAUUACAUUUUACUAGAUAAAUACGUUGCAAUUCUA